GUGUGGUGGGAAUUCGUUGAAGUGAAACCUGCAAAAGGAGAUUCUUUUCGUAAUAUUGAAAAAGGGCUUACGAGCCGAUAGAGUUGAACAUCAAGAACAAUGUUGCUCCAAUCCGUCACAACCACAACAGCAGCGCCGGUUCACCACCACUGUCUCCGCCGUCUCUCAUGCUCAGUGGAUAUCUCCCACUUGCUCUCAUCCCCUCCUGGGUUCUCAACAUCGAUUCUUCUUUACUCUCCGAAGAGCCAUGCAGUCUCAUGUUCCUCAAAAUCGAAUGCCAGCACCGUGGACUAUGAGAAGAGGCCGAAACUCGGUUGGUACAAAAUCUACAAGCGCAUAUGCAUUGCUGGAUGCUCGGAAGCAACCAGCGCUGAUGCAGUGCUAGAACAGUAUGAGAAUGAGGGUGCGAAGAUUUCAGUACCGGAUCUUUUGCUUGUGAUUAAGGAACUCCGCAAAUUCAAGCGAUACAAGCUUGCUCUCCAGGCAUAUGAGUGGAUGAUGGAGAGAAAGGAUACAUAUCAUGUUACUACAAAAGACACUGCAGUUCAUUUAAAUUUAAUAUACCAAGUGAAUGGAAUCUCAGACGCCGAAGACUACUUCAUGAAAUUGCCAAAAGAUAUGAAGGACAACCUAGUGUAUGCCUCACUCUUGAAUGCCUUUGUCCAAUCAGAAAUGAGGGAAAAAGCGGAAUCUUUAUUUGAUGAGAUGAAAAUCCGAAAUUUUGCCAGUACAUCUCACCCAUAUAAUGUGAUGAUGACCCUUUACAAGAAACUCAAGGUUAAUGACCAGGUGGAGCGUAUAAUAUCAGAAAUGGAUUCGAAAAAUAUUUUAGACAUGUCUUCUUAUAAUAUAUGGUUGACUUUCCUUGGAUACCAAGGAUCUGUGGAGAAGAUGGAAGCAGCAUUUGAGAAAAUGAAAAUGGACCCUCGUGUUAUUAUACACUGGAGCACAUUCAGCAUAAUGGCUUCAAUGUACAUUCAGAUGGGUGAGAUGGAAAAAGGCGAAGAUUUUGUGAGACAGAUGGAGAAUAGAAUCAAUGUUAAGGAGCGGACCCAUUAUCAUUACCUCAUGAGUCUGUAUGCUAGAGUUGGUCACAAGGAAGAGGUAUACCGCGUCUGGAAUGUGUACAAGGGAAACUUUCGCCGCAUCCCAAACACGGGUUACCAUGCACUAAUCUCUUCUCUUUUAAGAUUAGAUGAUAUCAAAGGUGCCGAAAACGCAUUCGAUGAGUGGAUGUCAGAAAUCACGCGUUAUGAUCCCAGAAUACCGAAUCUUCUCCUGAGUUGGUAUUUGAGGAACGGGCUAUUGGAUAAGGUUGAAAGUUUUUUUGCACAAAUUGUCGAUGCGGGAAAACAGCCCAACUCAUCGACAUGGGAAAUCAUUGCACAAUUGCAUAUCAGGAGGGGGAGAGUUUCAGAAGCAUUGUCUUGCUUGAGAAAUUCUCUUUCGGCUGAAGUUUAUGGAAACUGGACACCCAGGCAUCCUACGAUAUCUUCUUUUAUGCAGCUUUGUGAGCAACAUGAUGAUGUGAAAAGCAAAGAGGAAUUGAUUGAGAUGUUGAGUGAAGCGGGGCGUUUUGAUCGCGAGGCCUACAUGUCUUAUAUCUCCGUACAAAGCACUAUGGAAAGUGAGAAGAAGGAUGGGGAUGAAAUAACUGAUGUCCUACUCAAUGAAUUACAUGGAAGCUUACAAUAACUUCCACAUAUACUUAUAUAAAGCCUAAAUCUUUUUUUAUUUGGGUUCUGGGCCUGCGCCAUAGCGGUCCGACUUUCCAAAAAGGAGAGGAUUUCGUUGCUAAAACAGCGCUUGCAUGACGCCUGGACGACGCCAUUCACGACUUCGACUACUCUUCGUCUGGCAAGACGAGUGAAGCUGGCGAGCAGUCCCUAGCGCCAGGAUGCCUAGUGGGCGACUAGGCGACGCCGUGACAAGCAUGUACUGCACUCAGAUUUUUUACAUUCGAUUUCUAAAUGGACUCUAUAUGUUUUCCAGUCAACAUGUUGAACCAUGUAAAUGAAGUCCGUGUUCAUAUUGACACCUUCUCAGCAAGAAAUGGAAUUUCAAGAUUUGGAAUUUCAUGUUGUCAAUGUAUUAGGUCUCAUCCAGGUAAGGUGAAAGGUAAGUUUUGUUCUUCACCAAGAGAAUUACAUAAAUAAGCUUUUACCCUUAAAGCUCACUGUACACGCAGAUCUAUGGAAAAAAUGUAGAAAACCUUAAAAAUAGCUCGUUAUUGGUGAACAUUCCUGUCACACUUACUUUAUAAUGGCCAUUUUAUAUCGUAGCAAUCAUAUUGUGCUUCGUUACAUGAAGAUUCAACUAUGCUAUAGGUACUCUAAAGAGGAAGGUAUUUCUUUGGAAGAGUUCCAAAACUGAAAUUUCACAUUCCUGUUAAACUCCCAAGCUAUGUAUAAUAGUGUAUUUUACAUUAUUAAGCUGCCCUGCUGCCGGAAUACAUGGCCACUCUUUUUAAUGUUAAGUUAGUAGGCAUGGUACAUAAUGGGCGUCUUAAAGAGUGUGUAUGACAGGGGAAGGCUGUACACUCUUGAUCUUGGACCCUUCCCCGGACCCUCGACUUGCGAGGAUUCCUUAAUUAUCCUCUUAUAAUUAAACAUGUGGUUGAAUUGGUUGAUUCCGCUGAUUAAAAAUAAUAUUUUAAAAAUAUGUUUUAUUAAUAAAAUAACGAAAAUAAAAUACAAAAAAAUAGUUAAAAUGAUUAUUAUAGUAACUUCAGCCAAUAUUGCCGGAAAAUUAACUGAAACAUUACUUUUCUUUAUUAUUACACAAUUUGGCACGCGAAAUCAAUAAUUACGUGUUUGAUGAAAAAAUUUGUUAAAAAACUUGAUAAACCGAAAAAACAUGAUCACAAACAGGCUCUAAGUAAUCUACACAACAAAGGUUAAUCCAAAAGCUAAAAAUCUAAAACGUUUUCAAACAAUUUUUACUUUUACCGGUUAGCAAUUUAGCAUGUAAAAUUGAUAAUUAAUAAUGAUCUGUUUAGGGGUGUUUGGAAUUGAUUCUGAUUCUGUUAUUUUUUUAAAACAGAAGCAAAAUCAGAAUCAGUUUUCAGAAGCCGGUCUCUCUCAAAUGUUAAAAAAACCGAUUCUAGGAGUAAACUAGGUCACUAGAAGUACUUCUGUGGAAAAUUAUCCUAAAUAGGACUAAAAACGUUUGUAUUAUUCUCUAAAUAAGGGUAAUUGUUGCCAUAUUUUGGCAAUACCAAACUUUAAAUAUGACAAUAAUUUUCAAACUUUUGGAGUAAUUACUCCUAUAUAGGAAAUAAAAACAUGAUAGUCCUAUUAUGAAAUUUUCAAACAUUUUUACUCUUAUUUCGGGAAUUUUCCCUACUUUUGCACUUUCAGAGUUUCAGUCUUCCAUCCAAAUACUCGAACUUUUACUCUGCUCCUUGUGAAGAAAGCGUUUCUCGGCUUUGGUGCGAAAAAUGGUUUUUACUUUUUCUAUUACACAAAAAGCGCUUAUUUACCAAACACUACCAACUUUUACUUUUCAAAUUCACUUUUUUCUCAAACACUAUCAACUUUUACUACUAAUCACUUUUUCCAAAAUCAUUUCCAAAAGUACUUUUUUUAGGCAGAAGCAUUUGAAACGCUCCUAAACCACACCAAACACAAAAAAUCGGAAUUUUCAUCCAUCUAGGGGCAGUUUGGAUCUGAUUCUUGAGCAGAAGCAGUUUGGGUGAAAGUGUGAAAAAUGAUUCUGGUGCUCUAAUUACUCCUAGAAUCAGUUUUUUUUAGAAGCCGAGCUUUGAAAACCUUAGGGAGUGUUUGCAAUAGCUUAAAAAAAGCACUUCUCAGCUUUUGGCUUAAAAAAACACUUAUUUACCAAACACUUCCAAUUUUUACUUUUUCUCGGCUUGCGUGUGAAAAGUGCUUUUCCCUUUUCUAUUACACAAAAAGCACUUAUUUUACCAAACACUACCAACUUUUACUUUUCAAAAUCACUUUUUUCUCAAACACUAUCAACUUUUACUACUAAUCACUCUUUCUAUUUUUAAAAGACAGCAUAAUAAGAAUGAGUUCCAAACACCCUGACAUGUCAAAAUGGAUCACACGUCUUCUUCACGCUUCAGCUGGUGUGGUCGGAAUUCGUUGAAGUAAAAACUGCAAGGGAAGAAUCUUAUCAAGAACAAUGUUGCUCCAAUCCGUCACAGCCACAACCGCAACCGCCGCGCCAGUUCACCACCACCGUGUCCGCCCUCUCUCAUUCUCAGUGCAUAUCUCCCGCUUGCUCUCAUCCCCUCCCGGGUUCUCAACAUCGAUUCUUCUUUACUCUCCGAAGGGCCCUGCGGUCUCAUGUUCCUCAAAAUCGAAUGCCAGCACUGUGGACUAUGGGAAGAAGCCCAAACUCGAUUGGUACAAAAUGUACAAGCGUAUAUGCAUUGCUGCACUCUCGGGACCAACCAGCGUUGACGCAGUGCUAGAACAGUUUGAGAAUGGGGGUGCGGAUCUUUCAAUAUCGAAUCUUGUGCUUAUAAUCAAGGAACUCCGCACAUUCAAGCGAUACAAGCUUGCUCUCCAGGUUAUACUCUCCCCGCAUAACGUAUAUGAGUGGAUGAAGGACAGAAAGGAUACAUAUCAUGCAUCUAAAAAGGGUGCUGCAGUUCAUUUAAAUUUAAUAUACCGAGUGAAAGGAAUCUCAAAUGCCGAAGACUACUUCAUGAAAUUGCCGGAACAUGUGAAGGACAACCGAGUGUAUGCCUCACUCUUGAAUGCCUAUGCUCAAUCAGAAAUGAGGGAAAAAGCGGAAUCUUUAUUUGAUGAGAUGAAAACCCGAGGUUUUGCCAGUACUUCUGUCCCAUAUAAUGUGAUGAUUACCCUUUACAAUAAACUCAAGGUUAAUGACCAGGUGGAGCGUUUAAUAUCAGAAAUGGAUUCGAAAAAUAUUUUAGACAUGGUUUCUUAUAAUAUAUGGUUGGGGUUCCUUGGAAACCAAGGAUCUGUGGAGAAGAUGGAAGAAGCAUUUGAGAAAAUGAAAAAGGACCCUGGUGUUAUUAUACACUGGGACACAUUGAGCAUAAUGGCUUCAAUGUACAUUCAGAUGGGUGAGAUGGAAAAAGGCGAAGAUUUUUUGAGACAGAUGGAGAGUAGAAUCAAUGUCAAGGAGCCUAUCUGUUAUGAUUACCUCAUGAGUCUGUAUGCUAGAGUUGGUAACAAGGAAGAGGUAUACCGCGUCUGGAAUGUCUACAACGCAAGCUUUCGCCGCAUCCCAAACAAGGGUUACCAUGCACUAAUCUCUUCUCUUUUAAGAUUAGAUGAUAUCGAAGGCGCCGAAAACACAUUCGAUGAGUGGAUGUCAGAAAUCAAGCGUUAUGAUCCCAGAAUGCCGUAUCUUCUCCUGAGUUGGUAUUUGAGGAACGGGCUAUUGGAUAAGGUUGAAAGUCUUUUUGCACGAAUUGUGGAUGCGGGAAAACAGCCCAACUCAUCGGCAUGGGAAAUCAUUGCACAAUUGCAUAUCAGGAGGGGGAGAGUUUCAGAAGCUUUGUCUUGCUUGAGAGAUGCCCUUUCGGCUGAAGGUUCUGGAAACUGGACACCCAGUCAUCCUACUAUAUUUUCUUUUAUGCAGCUUUGUGAGCAACAUGAUGACGUGAAAAGCAAAGAGGAAUUGAUUGAGAUGUUGAGUGAUGCGGGGCGUUUUGAUCGCGAGGCCUACAUGUCUUAUAUCUCCGUACAAAGCACUGUGGAUGGUGGGAAGAAGGAUGGCGAUGAAAUAACUGAUGUCCUACUCAAUGAACUACAUGGAAGCUUACAAUAACUUCCAGAUAUACUUAUAUUUGACUUGCUAAAUCACAUCAUCAAGGUGUUUGUGAGGUACUAAGGUAAAGGAAAUUGAUGUUCUCUUUGAGAUGCGUUUGGAAUUGUUAGGAUGCUUUUCCGUGAGAAUCUGCUAAGAUUUUCGUGUAUCAUAGCCUCAUAGCUAGCUGUCACCGGAGGUAAUGCAGCCGUUCAUCGCAAUGAAAUUCGCUGCCAAGCUUAAGUUGUGAAAGGAGCUCUUAUUAAUACGUACAUAGGGUGGAGAGUUUGUCCACUUCUCCACUUAUUGAAAGAAACAAAACAAAGGUGAAAACGGAAAACCUUCUCCUGCAAACUUGGACACAUUAUGGCUUUGGUAUAACAUUGUCUAACCAACAAACGAUUAAACUUGCUCAAGGCUAUAUAAAUUGUAAUUGACUAUUCUUUCAAUUAUUAUUAGAAAGAAUUAUAUGUUAGGAAUAAUAACUAAAAAGAUUGUUUAUAAAAAAUGAUCUUUUAAGUGUAUCAAUUUUAUUCAUAGUAACUUAUGUUCAAAUUUAUGUGUAAGUGACCACGACAUUAUACUGUAAUAAAAUCAUUUUAACAAAUAA